UUUUCCACGCUGUCUCUUUCGUACAUCGUUCCGGGGUCUCCAACCCCCUCUUUUCUGGGGGGCCUUCUUAAUUUCCUCUGCUUCCCACCAGAUCGCUAUAGCUACCAAUCUCGAUCCCAUUCACCAAGCCAAGCCAAGCCAAGCCAGGAAGACCGCUCCAGCCUGCUCCUUCCGUCCUCCGUCUUCAUCUUCGAUGAUCUCCUCCUACUUAUAUAUAUCCGUUAACUGCUCAUUCACCUUUGGGUAUCAAAGUAUUAAUUAACUAGUCAGCAUGGGCACUGCAAUACUUGAUCGGCUACUUGUCCAUUGUAUGCUGCUUCUAAUAGUGUCGCCGCUGCUGAUCCCGUCCGCAUGCGCUGCUGCUCGUCAUACCAAUACCACUGUCGACUGCCUCCCAUCCGACAGGUCUUCCCUCCUCGACUUAAUUCGUGGCGUCUCUUUCAACACGGAUUAUCCCUUCGAUGUUCGCGGCCCCCUGGUUUCGUGGAAACCUGGCUCCGACUGCUGCGACUGGGAGGGAGUCACUUGCGACCCCAAAUCUGGCCACGUCAGCGGCCUCGACCUCAGUCACCGUGGUAUCAAUGGCACGCUCAGUGCUAGCCUCUUCAAUCUCACCUCCCUCCGAACUCUCGACCUCUCCGACAAUUUCUUUCAAGGAGACUUUCCUCAGGUGUGGUUUGAGAACCUUACACAACUCACCCGUCUCGAUCUCUCAUCUGCCGGAUUCAAUGGUGGUCAGAUCCCCGUCGGCAUCUCUCGCUUAACCGACCUCAUCUCCCUCAACCUCAGCUACUGUAAUACAGAACUCCGCCAUCCAAGUUUCCGGACUCUAGUUGGAAACCUUAGCAAUCUGAGGGAGCUUUAUCUCGACGGCGUCGACAUGUCCUCGAACAUAGACUGGGGAAAUGCUUUGUCCACCUCGAUGCCUCACCUUCGAGUGCUCGGUUUGAGCAGUUGUAAUCUCCCAGGAUUGUUGCCGACAGACAUCUUGACAUCACACCCCAACCUGACUCUUCUCGACCUAUCGUGGAAUUCGAUGCUUUCUGGGAAUCUUCCGGAUUUUCCAAGCAUCAACUCUUUGCAAAGUUUGAGCUUCUAUGGGACGAAUUUAUCCGGGAAAAUACCAGACUCUAUUUCGAAUCUCAAGCACCUGACUACUCUGGAUUUCUCUGAAUUCGGUCUGACCGGGAUGAUACCAUCUUCCAUCGGGAAUCUUACCCAGCUCGUACAUUUAGAUCUCUCAGGCAACAAUUUCACGGGUCCGAUCCCCACUUCUAUCGGAAAUCUGACUCAUCUCACAUCCUUAGAUCUAAGUAACAACUCCCUUUCUGGAUCGGUGCCAGUCUCAUUGUUUACCCACCCUGCUUUAGAGGAAUUGCACCUCUUUAAUAACCAAUUCUCUGGUGAGUUAAAAGAGUUCUCAAAUCCUUCAAUGUCCUUACGUGAUCUUGAUCUGAGUUAUAAUCAACUUCAAGGACAGAUUCCAAUAUCCUUGUUUAAGCUCUCAGCCCUCGAGUCACUAGACCUAUCAUCAAACGACUUUAGUGGAAUGGUGGAGCUCGGCAAGAUAAGAUAUCAACAUGAACUCAAACUAUUAGACCUUUCUAAUAACAAGAUUGGCGGCGGAAUACCGGAAUGGAUUUGGGGAUUAGGCGAGGGACUUUAUUUGAAUCUCUCCAUGAAUGAAUUCACUCAUUUCGAAGGCCCACAUAUUCUUUCUUGGAAACAUGCGAAUAUCGAUCAGGCUCCAGCUCUUGAUCUCCAUUCAAACUCGCUUAGGGGACCAAUUUUUCUUCCCUCGACGUCGUUCCAAUUCAUAGAUUACUCAAACAAUAGCAUCUCAUCUGUUAUCCCGACUAACAUUUCCUCCUAUCUUUUAAACUGCACUCAUCUUCUGCUCAUGAACAAUAAUCUUACUGGAGAAAUCCCAGCAUCCAUCUGUGAAGCACACGAUCUCCAAGUCCUCGACUUGUCUAACAAUAGUUUGAGUGGUUCAAUCCCUUCGUGUCUAUUCGAUAUCAAAUCUCUUACUGACUUGAAUCUAAAAGGGAACAAACUUCAAGGGGCAAUUCCUGGACAUUUUAGUAAAGGAUGCAUGCUGGAGUCAUUGAUCCUCAGUGACAAUCGUUUGAAAGGUUCAAUUUCUCAAACUUUGCUCAAUUGUGUGUCGCUAAAGGUUUUAGACCUUGGGAACAAUCAGAUUGUUGGAGGUUUUCCAUCUUGGUUGGGACAAAUGGUUGACAUCACUAUUCUAGUUCUUCAAGGAAAUGCACUUCAUGGGCAAGUCAAAGUUACAGAAAGUCCUGAGGCAAAUAACACAUUUUUGAAAUUGCAAAUAUUUGAUCUAUCUUCCAAUCACUUCAAUGGAAAUUUGCCUUCAAAUUGUUUCAACAAUCUAAAGUCCAUGAUGAGUUUCUCCACUAUGAAUCGAAGUGAUAACAUAACUGAUAAAGACUAUUAUCACUAUGAAGUUUCAGUCACAACUAACGAGUAUGAAUAUACCUUUCUGAGAAUAUUAGCGAUAUCAUAUACGUUUGUGGAUUUCUCAAACAACAACUUUGAUGGUAAUAUUCCUAAGGUGAUCGGUAAUCUCGGAGGCCUUUUCAUGUUGAAUUUAUCACAAAAUUCUCUCACAGGAGAGAUUCCUUCGGUAAUUGGAAACAUGAGACAACUUGAAAGAUUGGAUCUUUCUGCAAACCAUUUGUCUGGACAGAUUCCUCAAGAAUUGACUUCUCUCACAUUCUUAACUUCUUUAAACCUGUCUAGCAACAAUAUAACAGGAAGAAUUCCUCAAAGUAAACAAUUCAAUACAUUUUCGAACGCUUCUUACCUGGAUAACGAUGGACUGUGUGGAAGUCCUUUAUCAAAGCAAUGCAACAACGGAAGCCCAAAUCAGACAAGUGCAGUGCAACCUAUUGCCUCUGACCAUUCAUCACCGUCAACCUAUAUCAUUGUACUUGCGCUAUUAGUUGGCCUGGGAUUUGGAGUGGGGUUUGCAGUGAGCGUUGUGCUUCGCAAUGUGCAACUGAAAUUUUGGAAAAGGAAAAAUACUACCAACAUCUAGCUAUUCUUGAACCCUUUUUUGA